UUCUGGAUGCGCUCGGUCUCUAUCGGACUCGGAUCUGUUGAAAAUGCUGAAAUAUGAAUAUAUGUUACGCUGUGUCUCGAAAUUAGGCCUGUUCGUUCGCAGUGCAGAUAGCACUGCUGAACUGGUGCAUUAAGUUAAAAGGUCUGUUUUUUAUUGCUGAACUAGUAUACACUCAGGGAACAUAAAAAGAAAUAGAUAUACAUCUAGGAGUUAGUGAAAGGGAGAGGAGAAGAGAAUAAGUGCAAGUUAAUGCAGUCAGUUCAGCAAUAAAAAACAAACCUAAAGUGAGAAUUUCAUUGCACUCGACUGUACUGUACUGCUCUGGAUCUCUAAUGUUGUUUACAAAAGGUGAGAGGAAAAUGAAUGCAAAUAUAGGAAGUGCAGUCCGACGAAGUCCAAUGAAUGUAUAGUGCAGAUGCGCUGAGCAAAGUGAACAAUAGCUUUUUCCAGCGUGAGAAAUGUGAUUCUUUUUUGGACUACUUAAUGUUGCAUAUGUAGAGGAGUGAAUUUAUCUGUAAUCUUUUUGCCAAGAUAUAUUAUUUAACUGAAGAUAAUUAUUUUCAAAUAAAACAACAUGGCUGGACAACAACAUCCUUUCUUGUCUGGUUUUCCCAAUGUACAGCAAACAGCUUUGCGUACACAGUUUGGUGGUGGACAAAUGGUUUCUGGUUUAAUGGGAUCACAGCAAGGAAACAUAGUAAAUCCUCAACAAUUUGGUAUGGGAGUAGGUGUUGGGGUGGGUGUUGGUAAUGUUGGUUCCAACACAAUGGGAAUGCCCAGUUCUCAACAGGUUUUGGCACAGCAGCAGCAACAACAGCAGUCCAUUGCAAUGCAACAGCAGAUGCAGCAGAUGCAACAGCAACAGUUACAACUGCAACAACAACAACAAGCCGCAAUGGUUCAACAGAAUAGUCAGGCCAGCAAUCAAGCCACAACACCACAGACUCCAGUUCCACCUACUCAGCCACCACCACAACCACAACAAAAUAAGGAAUUCAAUACUGCUAGUCUAUGUAGAUUUGGACAAGAAACAGUGCAAGAAAUCGUCAGCCGUACUUUAGAACUUUUUCAAACUCUUAAACUGGUGCAACCACCUAAUGGUACAACACAAGGGGCAAAUAUGGCAAAUGAAAAGAAAACCAAGGUUUAUGAACAACUGAGGAUGUUAAAGAUGUUAUUCAAGCGUUUAAGACUAAUAUAUGAAAAAUGUAAUGAGAAUUGUCAGCUACAAGGUAUGGAGUAUACACAUAUAGAAAGUUUGAUUCCAUUGAAGGAAGAUUUGGAAAUUAUGAAAUCGGAUGAAAAGAAGCCUUCGGAAGCUUACAGACUUGUCUGUGAGGAGAGCAAAGAAGUUGUGGAGCAAGUAAUAUUGAAAAAUAGGCAUCUUAAGGAAAUAAUUGACCAUCUGCGACGUAUUAUUUCGGAGAUAAACACGAUGCUGAGUAUGCGGCGAUCUUAGAGGCUACCAAAUGUACCUAAUUUCAGUUUAGCACAAGACAUCCCAAAACCACUUAACAUAUUUAAGAUAUUUCGAACAAUGUCUUAGGAUAUCUUGUACUACCUGAAAAUUAUUUCUGUAUAAAUAAUAUUAGAAGCGUUUCCGAAAGUAUAACUAAUUAAAUAAGA